AUGGAACUGGACGAGGCACUUACAGCAAUCGGCGAAUGGGGUCGUUAUCAGACCAUCGAAUAUUUUUUAAUAACAAUACCUGGGACGUGGUUUUGUGUAUGGCCGCUGAUGGCUAUGGUCUUUCUCGGUGGUUUCCCCGAUACAUUCUAUUGCAACGUCCCUGAAGGCUCUUCACUGAACGAGACCAUUCCGUUGGUAGAAGACGAUGACGGUGAACUCGUGUACGACUCGUGCACAAUGUAUGUGAAUAGCAGUGUGGACAAUUCUACCACUGAAUGUACUGAUGGGUGGUACUACGAGUCCGAGUAUUUUGUGGAGACCAUAGUGACAGAGUGGGAUCUAGUUUGCGAUGACGCAAUAGUUUCUCAAUUUUCGCAGUCUAUUUUCAUGGCAGGCGUGAUGAUAGGUGCGUUUCUAGCGGGGUAUUUAUCCGAUCGUUUUGGAAGAAAAAAAGUUUAUCUUAUAUCCAUGUGGUCCGCUUCCGUAAUUGGUAUUACAGUUGCAUUUACACAAACUAUGAUAGGAUUCACAAUAUUGAGAUUUUUUCAAGGAAUUUGUGUUCAGGGUAUUAUGGUUAGUAACUUCAUCCUAGCAACUGAAAUGUUUCCACCUCGCAGCCGUGUUUAUGCUGGGUAUGGUAACACUAUCUGUUGGGCGUGCGGUAUCGUGGUGUUGGCGCCUAUUGCUUAUAUAUUCAGACACUGGAGAGCGCUACAAUUGGCUAUGAGCAUUCCUGGGUUACUGACAUUUUACUAUAUUUGGGUUGUGCCAGAGUCGAUGAGGUGGCUGAUAUCAAUGGAAAGAAUACCAAAGGCAGAAGCUAUAUUGUACAAAGCGGCAAAGUUCAAUAAGAAAUCGCUGCCAGAAAAUGUCCUUAGUAACAGCAUACUAGACGCAAAGGAAACUAGAGGUGAUGGAAAGUGCUCAAAUAUCUACAUAAAUAGUACUUAUGUAGAGGGUCCAAGAGAAGAGCGACUACACAGAGAAAGCUUCAAACGGGUGCUGACUGAGACAACUCAAUUGGGUGCAGUUACACAGGAGAAAACUUUAGAAUCGGAUGACCGGUUAAGAAACAGUGGACCUGAAGACACGGAUGCUUUGGGUAUACAAGAGGAAGACCCACAUUACACAAUGAUUGAUCUAUGUAAGCGACCACGCCUGGCUAUAAGCACGAGUAUAAUGUGUUUUUCAUGGUUCGUUACAAGCAUGGUAUAUUUGGGUAUUUCGUACAACACAGCCAAUGUUGGUACUAAUGUCUAUGCGGCUUUUUUCUGGAGUGGGGUAGUUGAGAUACCAGGAUAUCUCAUUGCUAUGUUUGCCACAAUAAAAUGGGGACACCGUAUUCCGUCUUGCUUGUUGCUUAUCCUAGCCGGUUUAGCCUGUGGAAUGACACCAUUUAUACCGGAUGAAACAUCGGAUGGCACGGAUAUACAAUGGUUACAGACCGUAUUUUUUCUGCUUGGUAAAUUGGCAAUCACUGGCGCGUACGGUGUCAUCUGGACAUGGGCGCCAGAAAUAUUUCCUACACUCGUAAGAAAUCUGGGUUUUGGUCUUACCAAUUUUUUCGCUAGUCUUGGUGGAGUAGUGGCGCCUCUAACAGUUUAUAUUGGUUACAACAAUUUAAGUAUUGUAAUGGCGUCAUUCGGUGUGUUGUCACUUAUCGCAUCCGUCGUAGUGCUAUUUUUACCAGAAACCAAGGACCGCCCCGUGCCCCGCACCCUAGACGAGGCAGAGCAGAAUUAUAGAAAGACAAAAAAGACAAAGAAUGUAGAUGCUGAAGUACUGGGCGCUGUAAACCAUGCAUACACAUCUCAAGAUGAAAUACUUACAAAAAAAGAACACGAAAAUACUGGAAUACAAGCACAUGAUAUAAUAAAAAGUUAUCAAAAGUCAAAUAUUAACAAUUUAACAUUCGACAAGGAAACUCAAACCAUAUAA